AUGGGCCACUUGGUGUGCCUACAAUAUGCCCAUGAAAAUGGCUGUCCAUGGAAUCAAUGGACCUGCACUGGUGCUGCUGAAAUGGGCCAUUUGGAGUGCCUAAAAUAUGCCCAUGAAAAUGGCUGUCCAUGGAAUCAAUACACCUGCUCAAAUGCUGCCAAAAAUGGUCACUUGAAAAUCCUGAAAUAUGCUCAUGAAAAUGGCUGCAGAUGGGAUUCCUUUACCUGCUCCACGGCGGCUGCAAAGGGCCAUUUGGAAAUCCUGGAAUAUGCCCAUGAAAAUGGAUGUGAAUGGGGUAAACUCACAUGCCUUGAAGCUGCAUCCAAUGGACAUUUGGAAACCCUGAAAUAUGUCCAUGAAAAUGGCUGCCCUUGGGAUGCAUACGCAUUUAGCCGUGCUGCUCAGAAUGGACAUUUGGAAAUCCUGAAAUAUGCCCAUGAUAAUGGAUGUCCACGGGACAAAUACACAUGCAACGAAGCUGCUCGGAAUGGACAUUUGGACAUCCUGAAAUAUGCCCAUGACAUUGGCUGUCCAUGGGAUAAAUCGACCUGCUCAAAUGCUGCCAGAGUUGGUCAUUUGGACAUCCUGAAAUAUGUCCAUGAAAAUGGCUGUCCAUGGGAUCAAUGGACCUGUUCAAAUGCUGCAAGAAAUGGCCAUGUGGAAAUCCUGAAAUAUGCCCAUGAAAAUGGCUGUCCACGGGAUGAAGAAACAUGUGAAAAUGCUGCCGAAAAAGGACAUUUGGAAAUCCUGAAGUAUGCCUAUGAAAGGGGUUGUCCAUGGUGGAGUGCACAUGAUUAUGUCGGCUCGAUUGAGGUGGAAAAGUGGGUUCUAAGCAAGAUGAGUGCUUGA